AUGGCGCCGACCUCAAGGACGGACAGGCGACGUUGGAAUCCCAAGGGCGACAUCAAACAUCAGUUCGAAGCUAGCGCCGAAAACGCCAAGAAAUCAGCAAGUGAUAUCAAUUUGGGAGGAAAACUAUGGCGAAGGACGCUCUUGGAACUAUUGGGUCGGGACGGAAACAAGGAUGAGGACGAGAGCGAAGACGAGAGCGAGAGCGAGAGUGAGGACGAGAAUGAGCAUGGGGACGACCGCUCUAAUAUUGGACUUCCUCUCACCAACCCCAUCCCCCAUCCUUCUCUUCCUUCUCUUCCUCAACCUCCUCCUCUGCCACCACUACCAUCAAAACCACUUUCUGGGCUUUUCCAUCCUCCCGAGUCCAGUCCUCCACCCAAUUCAAACCCCCCAGCCGGAGCUCCGCCUCCCCAGCAACCUCCCCCACCUUCAUCCUCUACCCCCCCUCAAGUAUCCCCCACAGGAGUCACUGGGAAUUUUGGAUCUGCUUCGCCCUCCGCCAACCCUCGCAGAACUACACUCAGUGCAGCUCUGCCAAAGAGUACGUCUGGUGGUGAUGAUAGUGACGACGACGAUGACGACGAUGACGAUGACGGAAGACCGUCGCCCACCCGAUCUACUUUUUCCAAAUCGACUCGAUCCAUCCUCUCUCUUACAGCCGCCAUCUCGCCUUAUGAGACAUCAACAACCGAAGAGGGUGGGCAGAAAUCCAUCAUUAGCAGCACCGAGAGCACAACUCGCUCCCUGACGACAUCCACCACUGCGCCAGCACAGACUCCAGGAACGGCAACGAGAGUAGAGACGGCAGUGACGGGCAUUCCAAGUCCGAAUGGAACGGCAGCUAUUGGACAGGGACAAGAGGCUGCGCGCACCUCUAGGCUAAGCCCAGGCGCCGAAAAAGCCGUCAUUGCGUCUGUAACCAUUGGUGGAUUCUUUCUUCUUCUGGUCCUGGGGCUGUUCUUCUGGCGCCGAGCAUCUAGGCGUAAAUCCGCGGGACGAAAGAAUUCUUGGCCAGCCAAUCCCCCCUCCGGCGAGACCUUGGCCGGCCCUCGGCGCGUUUCCACCAAAGUGGGCGAGAAGUUUACGUCUAUGAAGGCCCAUGAGUUCUUUGAAGGUCCUCGUCGCGUCUCCGGCAAAGUAGGCGAACAAUUUACGUCAAUGAAGGCUCAUAUCCGGUCGGGCUCCUUCGGAUGGUGUAGCAUCGCUGACGAUGACGACGACACUCCCAAGACUGAGAAAUCCGCGGCUCCGGUGGCGACGAAUGCUGGUGGACUACUGGAAAGGAGAUUGGGAACCAUGACGCCGCCUCAGCGUGUUACGGUGAAUUCAUAUGGGAUGAUUUUCCGCAAACCGAAGCGCGAUUCAAGAUUGUCGGACAUUUUUCAGCCCAGGGGGCAGCAGAGGACGUGGCCCCCUUCUAUACCUCCUUCUCCAGAGGUGCCUCCUUCUCCGGAGGGGAUCAGGAUACCAAUCGUACGGCCUAAUACGCAGCUGGCGGCGGCGGCACAUUUGGAGAAUGCGAGGAAGAGUGUGAACGCGGGUAUAAGAAACAUGCCGCGGACACCGAGGACGCCUUUGCGCCAGACUAUUCGCAUGAGCGACGUAUCCUCUUUAUCGUCAGGGUUCGGCGACGGGGAUAUUGUAAUUAUUCAGCCCCCUACCGCUGCCACGACUGCCAAGGCAGCCUACCCAGGUGCCGCUGACACGCAUGUUAACGUCGUUGCCGUCAGAAGUAGUCCUGAGAGGAAACACUUUAGCGACCGAUUUAGCAACCGAAUCUCCCGGAGAGACACCGUCGGGACGAGUUCGUCGUCUGAGGAUGGGCGGCCUCACUUUCGAUCCAUUUCGUCGUGGGUCGGCCAGCAGUCGCGCCGGGUGAGGCGAGCCGCGGCGAACAAGAAUGAGGAUGGGGUUCCUGAUGUGCCGGACGUGCCGGAACAGGGAUUUGAUUUGAUGAUGCCUGAUGGGCAGGAGCCGAGGAGAGUUGAGUCUUCGAUGUGGAAGAAGACGUAG